UAGCGCUGACCGCAUAAUAGGGAGAUAACUUUUCCAUUUUGGUGGCCAACGAGCUCACGGAUACCUCCAUGUACACGGUUACCAGCGUCCAUUGGCACAGCAUCCACCAGAAUGGGACGAGCUAUGCCGACGGGACGAGCACCGUCACGCAAUGCCCCAUUGCGCAGAACCAAUCUUAUUUGCAGUCUUUUUCGGCCCAGAAUCAGGCAGGCACUUACUGGUAUCACAGUCAUUAUUCUGUUCAAUACUGCGAUGGUCUCAGGGGAGUCCUGUUUUAUGAACGCUGCAUCGCCAGGUAUCACGCAGAGGCCACCGUCUUGCGCUACAUCAUAGGCAAUGUCGCCGACUUCACGCUCAUCAAUGGACUCGGUCGAUAUGCUGGCGGACCCAUGUCUGACCUAGCUGUGAUCAACGUCCAGCAGGGAAAGCGGUAUCGCAUGCGCCUGGUUUCAAUGUCGUGCGAUCCCAACUUCCUGUUCUCCAUCGAUGGCCAUAACAUGACCGUCAUCGAAGCGGAUGGACAGCUGACCGACCCUCUCGAGGUGGAUCAGCUCCAGAUUUUUGCGGGUCAACGUUACUCUGUGGUUUUGGUCGCCGAUCAACCGACAGACAACUACUGGAUACGCAGCCUUCCUGAUACAGCCAAGCCGACUACGACCAAUUUGCAUGCUCUGAUCAAUCCCUCUGCUCCUGGCGUUCCAGAAUAUGGAGCGGCUGAUAUCAACCUCAACCUCGCAGUUUCCAUCGACAACGGAAUCUUCUCCGUCAACAACGUCUCAUUCGCAUCCCCCACCGUUCCUGUCCUACUCCAGAUUCUCAGCGGAGCUCAAGAUGCUUCUGAUCUGAUGCCAAAUGGCAGCGUUAUCAUUCUCGAGGCCAACAAAGUGGUAGAAUUGACAUUGUCGACCACUGGUGAGUACCCUGAAGCAAAUUGUGGUGCCAAGCCACUUUUCGACGCAAUCCAGCGUAAACGUGAGGGACGCGGGGAAAUCACUGGACGAGCGAGUAAGAAUGGCCGGCCAGAAGUCAGAGCAUCCGCCUCGCGCUGA